CUCUAACCUCCUAAAAUGGCCAUCAAAGCCUUACAGUGUCCGAUUAUGGCGCACGAAAUAACACCCAGUUAAACUAAUUUAUGUCUAGCCUACAUGAUUCGCUUAACUACCGAAAAUUACGAGAAGGAAAUGGCUCCAUUCUUAGACGAAGUUUAUAAUGAAAUAAUCACACACGACUAACUAGGCGAAUUGCGACUUCGUUCAGUCCAUUCCCGAUGGCAGCGUUAGAAGCAAAUGAAACUCUCCGUCUUUGAACGGUGCGCUUCCCAAAGGGCCUUCUCGCGUCUCCACAAUGGUCCAGUAUUGAUCGGCCGUCUCAACCCCGAUUUGCCAAAAACGUGUCCCGCUUCUUCCUGUGGGAGACCGCGUCGGCUAACGUGCACGUGCAGUUGAACGGGAUGGUCGCCGAUAUGGACGACGAGAAGAAGCACGAUGAGGAAAUCACUCUUAAGCCGAAAAUGACCCUCAUCAAUGGCAUCACGGUGAUUGUUGGCAGUAUUAUCGGUUCGGGAAUAUUCGUCUCGCCUUCUGGCGUUUUGAAGAACACCGGCAGUGUUAAUGUGUCGCUGUUGGUUUGGACCAUUUCGGGCGUCUUUUCCAUGGUGGGAGCCUACUGUUACGCCGAAUUGGGAACCAUGAUCCGAAAAAGUGGCGCCGACUACGCCUACAUAAUGGAAACUUUCGGGCCUUUCAUGGCCUUCAUCAGACUCUGGAUCGAGUGUAUGAUAGUGAGGCCCUGCUCCCAAGCCAUAGUGGCUCUCACUUUCAGCCAAUACGUGAUGAAACCGCUGUUUGUUGACUGCGACCCGCCCGAUAAUGCCGCUCGAUUGCUGGCCGCUUGCUGUAUUUUUGUUUUAACGUUUGUUAACUGUUACGACGUUCGAUGGGCCACCAGGGUACAAGAUGUGUUCACUUAUGCCAAAUUGUUGGCUCUUUUUAUCAUAAUAGCGGCUGGGAUUUAUCAGCUAUACCAAGGUCAUUACUCCAAUUUUUCCUUUAUCAACACCAAGACUGAAGUGACUUCAUUGGCCUUAUCAUUUUACUCGGGACUUUUUGCCUACAAUGGUUGGUAAGUAUUUCAAUAGAAUUUUAACUUCAUUUGCUACUUAAAUUAUUUGCGGUUUCAACUGCAAAAUUGGUGAUUUAGGGAGACUUAUUAAAGUCUUUGAAUCCAGCGUUCAUUGGGCAAUAACUCCCACUAAAUUCUCAUUUUUGAACACUAAUCUACUUGACCAGACAAAUUUAUUUAUUUGCAUUUUAAGCGUAAAAUCUAUUGCUCACAGACAGUGCUAUAGAGUAUUUCUGCAUCAAUAUUUCGGAACCUUAUUUGCUCACCUUAUCAGCUACCAAAACCUCCUCACUUUCAUCAACUACCAAAACACUCUCCUCACUUCAUUGUACAUACUUUCCUGACUGUGUUUCAAUUCCAAAUC